AUGGCUUCUCUUGCAACCUUAGCUGCUGUUCAACCAGCUGCGAUCAAUGGCCUUGCUGGAAGCUCCCUCACUGGAACUAAGCUCUCUUUCAAGCCCUCUCGCCAGAGUCUCAAAUCCAAGAACUUCAGGAAUGGUGCUGUGGUAGCAAAGUAUGGUGACAAGAGUGUGUACUUUGACUUGGAGGAUCUGGGUAACACCACUGGGCAGUGGGACUUGUAUGGCUCAGAUGCACCUUCACCCUACAACUCUCUUCAGAGCAAGUUCUUUGAGACAUUUGCUGCUCCAUUCACAAAGAGAGGAUUGUUACUCAAGUUUCUGAUAUUGGGAGGUGGAUCCACCCUGGCAUACUUCAGUGCAACAGCCUCAGGUGAUAUUCUACCAAUCAAGAAGGGGCCACAACUUCCACCAAAGCUCGGCCCUCGUGGCAAGAUCUAA